UGAUCAUUUCAAAAUAAUAUUUAAAUUAUAUCUUUAAUAAUGUGAAUAGGGGUUGGUUCUCUGCCCACUUAAUUUUAUGGAUAAGGAAUAUUCGAUGAAAGAUAAACAAAUUAACAAUGAAAGUUAAAAAAGGGUCCAUAUCAUUUGGAUCAAAAUAAAACAAUAUCAGAUUCAGAUUAACAUUAAUAGUCAUUUCUUUUCAAAUAAAAUCUUCUAACUCACUCCAAAUUUUUCUGACAUAAGAAGUACUAGGCUACCUGUUCACACGCUGGUCAACAAAAGUUGCAUACCAAGCAGUACCUCUCCAUUGAUUCUCAGAAAGAUGCUCGACGGCCCCCUAUAGCUAACAAAUGCAAAUCAGGUUGACACAUUGCUUUAUUGUUAACUAACGUAACGGUUCCACCAUGUGAAGCAGCCAGUCGCCAUCUGAUUAAAGUUACAUUAUUUGGCUAACCGGCAUCCCACCAUAAACACCGGCGGCUACAGCGUUCGCUUCCAAUUUAACUGCAAAACGACCUUGCUAUCUACCUCAUAUUAGUUAAGAUACUUAAAAUAGGGAUCAUUUGUGACAAUAACCAGCAACGCAAUCUGGAGACAAAAUAUUUAUUGUAGCUCAGACUACUAAACAGUCAAAACAAAAAUGUAAAGUCUUUACCACAGCCACAAAGUCAUAAUUAUGGCUAAACCCCGCCUAUUUCUCUUUUUGAAAUAUAAUCAUAACCUUAACCACACUGCUAACAGUAUGCCUAACCGUACCCGUACGAAGACCAAAAAGCUAUUUUUUGUUUUCAUACAUUUUUACGGCCAUUUUGACUUUGUUACUGUGGUAACUAGGGAUAUUGCUAAAAUAUAAUGAACCUUCAAGGAGUUCACGCAUGCUCAGCUGUUCACGUAGGGUGCGUUCGUAUAUUCGCUCUGGCUAUUUAUUCCAAUUUCAGAGUAACUGAUGAAUAUACGAACGCUCAACACCCGUAGAAUAUGGCCGGUGUCAGUAAACGUCGGCAAAAAAAACGUUAUUAAAUGGUUGCUAGGAGCACAGUUACAGACACCAACGCUCUGGAUAACAUGAAAACAGCCUAACCAUCUCUGCUAGGGCGAGUAAUGUAAAAUGGUCAGAUUUAAGUGUUCUUUAAUUUGUGUCUGGAAGUAGCUAGCUUGGGUGCUUGACUGCUGUUGUGUGGUCAGAACGCUCGAAUCAACUCUACUCCUCAGCCAGAGCGUUCAGUGUAGCUCCGAGAGCGAAACGCUCUGAAUUUACGAAAGGACAAUCUGACAACGCUCUGAAUUUACGAACGCACAGAGCGCACUCUGAGUGCCCUCCAGAUUGAAUUUACGAACACACCCGUAGCUAGCCGCUAGUGGAGUAGACAGACAGCUGACCAUGCAUCCACAAAACUGAACAUAAACUCGAGAAUUAUACAGUCAAACCCAAACUAAUGCAAUUCUAUAGCUAUACGAUCGUAUGAUUUAAACGUGAUGUUUACAUACUAAGUUACACACUAUUUCAUUUCAAUUUCACAGCACGACGCUAGCCUAAACGUCACAUCCGGUCCUUACCGCCUGGCCAGGACAAAAACAAAAGCAAUUCAUGUUCCUGAGACGUUAGUCAAAAUAACUUUUUAUAAAUUAUAUUAUAUUCACUGCACCAUUCCGACAACUGAUAGCAGUGAUACGAAUGUCAGCAUCCUGCAAAGGUGAGGGUGACUCGCAUCUCUGUUUCUGCUGGACAGAUGAGUUUAGGGAGCGUCUGUAUAAUGUCUGAAACGUCAAGCUGCAUAACACUGAAUACAGUGUCCCUUGCGAGCAGCAAUCUAUUGUCAAGGGUGAGAAAUGCAUACAAAGGUGAGUAGCAACCAUGCCCAACGGGUUUUGUCCUUUCUGAAUGAGCAGAGGAGUCUGAGCUCGUUCUGUGAUGCCAAACUGACUGUAGGAGGAGGUGCAAGGGUGUACAAUGCCCAUCGCAAUAUCCUGGCCUGUUUCAGUGGGCGGUUCCAGGAGUCCGAGCCAACCACCACCAUGGUUAAGGAGGUCUCCCUCCCAGAGGAGUUCCCCACUGAUGGCCUGGAACUGCUUCUAGACUUUAUCUAUACCGGGGAGUUAAACCUUGACUCUCUGAAUCUGGAGAAUGUGCGACAGGCUGCAGACAGCCUAUGUGUACCAGAUGCGCUCGCACUUUGUCAGCAGUUUGCCACAGAAGGGACAGUUUCUCCAGAAGGACUGCAGUCUGCAUGUCUUCUGAGCCAUCAUUUUCAGCCAAUCUCAGCUGUAACUUAUGUGGAAACCAAGGCCACCCUAAAAAGAGGGAGGCCCCCUAAAAAAAGAGGGAGGCCCAAAAAAUCCGAAACCCCUAGUAGCGGCUCAAGUAAGAAGGAUCGUCUGGAACCUACCGCCACUACAACUGCCAUCACAACUCGCUCUGGGAGUAGGGUGAAGGCCUCCAGAAGACCGCUUGGAGAGGGCCCCGGGGUGCAUCUCCUGCCCCAUGGGGGGACCACUAGCAGGGGGACUCCACCACUAGCUAUUAGCCUAAAGGAUAGGAGUGAUGGGGCUGAGGAGGAGGGACAAAGCCUCCCUCAGCCUACAGAUCCAUCAGAGGUAACAGAUGUGUUCGGCAGCCUUGUACCAGAUUUGAGCAACAAAGCUAAUUCUCAUCUGCAGCCUCUUGAUGAAGAAGACUAUGAUGAUGAUGAUGGCGGUGGUGGUGAUUUGGUGGAGGGGGUAGCUGAGGACACUGAUGAAGAGUAUGUGCCCCAUGCCCUGCCGCCUACCUCCUCCACCCACAAAGGCAGACGUAAAGGACCAACCAAAGCUGUCAAUAAAGAGAACGGUGAACGGGCAGCCAAGGGGUCUACAAAGGGCUCUGUUCAGUGCCCCACCUGCAAUAAGACCUUCCUCAGCAAGUAUUACCUCAAAGUACACAACAGGUGUCAUACAGGUGAGAAGCCCUUUCCAUGCUCUAAGUGUGGGAGGAGGUACUACAGGAAGGAGAAUCUGAUGGACCACCAGGCCAGAAACUGCAACUGUGGUGAAAAAAUAAAAGCGGUACACAACUGCCUUCAAUGCCACAUGUCAUUUGACAGAUUGGGGGAUCUACGUCUGCACACGGUCUCUCAUACAGGGGAAAUGCCCAAUAAGUGUACGUCAUGCUCGGAACAGUUCAUGCAUAAAAAAGAUUUAAGAAGUCACGAAAUCAAAAUCCACGGUGCACCCAAACCACAUGCAUGCUCUCUGUGCAGCAAAGCAUACCUGUCUAAAACAGAGCUGCGUCUGCAUGAGGCGUCCAAGCAUCGCGGCGAGAAGCUUUUUGUGUGUGAGGAGUGUGACCAUCGAGCCUCCAGCCGACACGGCCUGCAGAUGCAUAUCAAAGCCAUUCACAGAAACGAGCGCCCAUUUGUGUGUGAGUACUGCAACCGUGCAUUCACCCAGAAGGCUAACCUUAACAUGCACUUGCGGGUUCACACUGGAGAGAAGCCCCAUCAGUGCCACCUCUGUGGGAAGACCUUCCGGACACAAGCCAGUCUUGACAAGCACCACCGCACCCACACGGGAGAGCGACCUUACAGCUGUGAGUUCUGUAACCAGCGCUUCACAGAGAAGGGACCAAUGCUCCGCCAUGUUGCCAGCAAGCACCAGGAGGACCGCCCUCACUGUUGCAAGAUAUGUGGCAAGACCUUCAAGGCCGUCGAGCAGCUCCACGUCCAUGUGCGUCGCCAUCAGGGCAUGAGGAAGUUUGAGUGCGAAAAGUGUGGCUACAAGUUUACCAGACAGGCUCACUUACGGCGUCAUGUUCAGGUCCACACCCGUACAGAGAACUACAAUCCACGGGAGAGAAAGCUACGGAACCUGAUAGUAAAGGACGUGGGGUUGCAGGAUGAGACUAGCCCCUCACAGAUACCACCCACUGAGGAGACACCCGAGGGGCCAGCGCCUGUCUCUGGACCCAGUGUCCCAGUCUCUGUUCCUGUCUCUGGACCUAUACCUGGACCUGGAACUGUACUAGGAGCCAGUGACAUCCUCAGGGUGGUGAUCCAGCCCCUUACGGAGGAGGUGGUGUCCAGCCAAGGGCAGAUGGAGGUGGGUUUUAACCAGGACCAAGUGGGCUUUACCCAGGUUGGGGUGGCACAGGGACAUGGACAGGUGGAUGUGAUGUCCAUCAGCCAGGGUUUGGGUGUGGUGGGGCAUAGCUUCAAUGUGACAGAUGUGAUGGAGCAGACUCUCCUGGUCGCAGAUUACCCCAUCCCUGAGACCACGGUGGAGCUGGAGGACAUACAGGAGGAUCCUCCUGCUAAGAGCAAGGCCUGAGGACUAAGAGCAAGGCCUGAGGACUAAGAGCAAGGCCUGAGGACUAAGAGCAAGGCCUGAGGACUAAGAGCAAGGCCUGAGGACUAAGAGCAAGGCCUGAGGACUAAGAGCAAGGCCUGAGGACUAAGAGCAAGGCCUGAGGACAGGACAGACCGGUUCGUAUCUCACACUGCUAGACAUUCUCAUUGGAGAAGCCUAGAGCAACUUGAGUACUGCAAGACUUCAAUAACUCCCACAGUGUGGCUACUCGCUCUGCUCUGCAGUCGAAGCAUUCAUUUAAUUUCAGUCAUUAUUGUAACCAUGUUUUCUGUCUAAAUUACUGUACAGAAGAACUGGUUCCCACUCAGCCCAGUAGAUGAUGAACCCCUCAAGACAUUCCCCUACUCUGUGGACAUCAUAUUCAUUUUGCCUGUGCAUUGGGUCUGACAAUGUAAUAUAAGUUGGCUUAGGUUUUAUGAAGUUUGUUGUGUGUUUACACAAUUUGAUGAGAUAAGUCAAUAGGGCAGGUUGUGAGAAGUGAAUGUAAAUCAAUGGGAUUGUCUUGCAUCAUCAAGUCAAACGGUAAAUGGAAUAAAGUGGCAGUCCUGCCUGCAGUUUUAUUGUAA